AUGUAUGUUGACCUGGUAGCCUGGGUGACUGCUGGCUUCCUCCACAUCCCUCACGCUGAGGAUAUCCCCAACACGGUUACCGUGGGCAACGGAGGCGGGGUCCUGCUGAGGCCUCACAACUACUUUGAUGAAGAUCCAUCGGUGAAUUCCCCCGACGCCGUGUACUUUGAGCCUGGCAGUGAGGACAGCUGUGAAAACAACAGGAUGGCCUGCCUUGCUCAAGAGACCUGCAGCCCCGUGCUGGAACCCUUCAGCUACCACGGCUUUGAGGGCGUGAUGAAGUUUACUUGAACAAACUGAGAAGUGAGAUCAGAAAAAGGUUCAUCUGUGUCAUUUAUUACUAACAGCUAGAUUUGUAAUUGGUCUGGAGCGGUGGUUCUCAACCUGUCUGCACAACGUUCCACCUCUGAGGAAACAUCUGACCAUCUGGACACCACCAGACAAUAGGAUUAUUUGACUAAUUUGGGACCAGAGUGUUGUACAAGCAGUGAACUCCAGUCAUAUCAACACAACGGCAGGGAAACAAGUGAAAACGUUUGCCCCCUGACCCUUAAAAAAAGCCACACACACAGCCUCAGGUGCUUCACUUUUGCCCUCUGUGGUCAACGUAAGGUCAUCAGUGCACUGUUUUUAACACUUUUGUUUUAUUUACCUCUAUUACGCAUUUUAAAAUCAAUGCCCAUAUCAUUGUUCAUCAAUAAGAGGAGACCAGAAGUACACAUACCAUAGUUUGAGAACCACUACUCUAGAGCUCUUUGACUACAGUGACAUUCAAACACGGAAGAAGACGCUGGCAACACGGAGCGGAAUCAUGUUGUAGAGUAGAUUUAUAAACUGUAUGUACACUGGAUCCACUGUGAAAACCUGACUGGGCUGAAAUAAACACACAAGAAGAAGAAGAAGAAGAAGAAUGUGUUUGUCUUUGAAUGAGCAGAGAUCCAGGCUGACAGAGGUCUCUGCUAAAGAUCAGGUGAGAUUAUGACAGAACAACUUUUGUCCUGUUUCUUGACGUUCAGUAGGCCGUUCAGAGGUCGUUGGAUGUUCUCACCUCUGAAGGUCAUUUCAACCUCUGUCAACUCAUUCACGUCCAUCAGAUAAAUUAAAGAUGAUUAAAAUUUGUAA